AUGGAUAAGAGUUGGAUGCAAAAUCGAAAUAGACUAAGUCAUGAGUAUGAAAAAGGAGUUAAAUCAUUUCUUGAUUUUGCAUUUUCACACAAUGAAUUGAAUGAUUUGAUCUCUUGUCCUUGCGUGAAAUGCAAUAAUGGCUUGUUUAAAACUAGGAAAGAUGUUGAGGAUGAUUUGAUCAUACAUGGAAUUCAAAAGACUUAUACCCGUUGGUUUAUGCAUGGGGAAAGGGAAAUUGAAAAUGUAAGUAAUGCAAAUGAGGACAUUAGUGAAGAUUCAGAUGAAGAAUCAAUGAAUGAUAUUUUAGAGGCUCAUUUUGGAGCUCCUAAUAUUAAUAAUUGGGUAGGUGUUGAUUUUGAUAGAUAUGAACACGAAGAGCCUAAUGAUGAAGCAUCUAAGUUUUUUGCAUUAUUAAGAGAUGCCAACGAAAAGUUAUAUCCAGAGUGCGAGAAAUAUUCGAGAUUAUCAGCCGUUGUUAAGUUACUUCACUUGAAAUGUCUUAACCAUUGGAGUAACAAGUCAUUUACUAAGUUGUUGGAGUAUUUAAAUGACAUACUACCGAAAGGUCAUACCUUGCCAAAUAGUUAUUAUGAGGCAAAGAAGAUGGUGCAAGAUUUAGGACUUGGAUACAUAAAAAUAGAUGCAUGUAAUAAUGAUUGCAUGUUGUACUGGAAAGAAAAUGAAAAAGAAGAAAAGUGUCUAACAUGUGGACUAUCAAGAUGGAAGAUAGAUGAAGAACACAAAAAAGGAAAAAAAGUUCCUCAUAAAAGAUUGCGAUACUUUCCUUUAACACCAAGGCUACAAAGGUUAUACAUGUCAUUAAAGACAGCUUCACAAAUGCAUGGCAUCAUGAUCGAAGAAGUAAUGAUGGGUUACUAA